UAGCAUUCUAUUUUAGGGAAAGCGUGUGUUCGCUUAGCGCGGGAGCAGCCGCUAGUGGGGGGCAAGAGCUAUUUUGCUCAAUAAUUUUUCUGCAAUGCGCUUGUCAGUGUGCUUUGCCAGAUUAUACCACAACCCCACAUUCGCGAUGUUUGCCGUACCCGGAUGGUCGGUCGAUACCAAGUCUCUCAAGACGCAGACUGCAAAGACUUCGAACAAAGCGAAAAAGGGAGGCGAUCGUGAGGACAAUGGCGACGUGGAGUCCAGGCCGAGUAAAAAGAGGAAGCGCACCGGCAAAGGAAAUGUGGAUAUCAAUCCCGACAACCUGGCGCACAUGUGGGAGAGAGUUAUCGAGAAUAAGGAUGCAGACAGGAGGAAAGGAGCAGAGAAACGGCAGAAGAUUAAAGACACCGCCAGAGCCCAGGCUGAACCCGACACCGACGAGCAAUCUGGACGACCUACGCCUCUCGAGGAGAAGAUUUCGAAGCAGAAGUCCAAGAACAACGAGAGACGUGGGAAGCUAAAGCUUUUACAGUCCCGAGAUGGCGUUGAUUCCGCCAUUGAGGACGAACUACAGUCUCCGGCUCAGGAGCAACCCAAGAACAACAAGAAACGUGAGAAGAAGUCAAAGUUGUUACAGUCUAAAGAUGGCGUCAGUUCUAACGUAGAGGACGAAUUACAACUUCAAGCACAAGACACAUUUAUGCCGGAAACCGAACUUGAAAUGGACCAGCGUCAUGAUGAAUCCGAAUCCGACAUGAAAGAGUUGUUGGUAGCGCCUCCGACUCUCACAAAUGAAGAGAAGAUGAAGAGAGACAAGAAAGAAAAGAAACGGAAGAAGCACUACGAGAAAUUCAUAGAUCAUCGAGAGUCACAUACCGAUGCUCCCUCUCCCGCCCCCAUUUCACAGCAUUCGACCAAAGAGGGUCUUAUCAUGCCCAAGGCACCUCCAGCCACUCCUCUCACACCUCUACAAGCUGAAAUGCGCUCAAAGCUCAUAUCUGCUCGAUUCCGCCAUCUAAAUGAACAGCUCUAUACCACAAACUCAGCCGAGUCACUCACCCAAUUUAGUACGAACUCAGAGAUGUUCCUUUCGUACCAUGAAGGCUUUAGAAAUCAGGUUGAAGUCUGGCCUGAAAAUCCUGUUCACGGAUACUUCGACAAUAUUGUCUUGCGUGGCCAGAUCCUUGGGCCAGCCCACAAAGGCAAGAAACAGAAGAUAAGUAUAAAAGCAGCCGUGGGUGCUGAGAAUGCCAGUCAGAACUUGACACCAUUGCCAAGAACCGGAACAUGCUGCACAAUCGCCGAUUUAGGAUGCGGAGAUGCCACUCUUGCCAUAAGGUUGCAACCAUUUGUCAAGAAACUCGAUCUCAAGAUCAAGUCUUUCGACCUCCAGGCUCCAAAUCCUCAUGUCCAGAUAGCAGAUAUUGCUAAUCUCCCGCUCCCAGACACGAGCGUGGAUGUAGCUAUAUUCUGUUUGGCACUUAUGGGUACCAACUGGAUCGACUUCAUUGAAGAAGCAUUCCGGAUCUUGAGAUGGAAGGGUGAGCUUUGGGUCGCCGAAAUCAAAUCUCGAUUCGGACGUGUAGCUUCAGCAGGCAAGAAGGGAAAAGUAGUAGAGCAUAGCGUAGGCAACAGGAAGAAGGUUGGUAAAGAGGGAAAGAAGAUUCAAAAGAGGAUGGAAGAGGAUGUUAAUGAUGCUGUGGCAGCUGUUGAGGUGGAUGGUGUUGAGGAUCGUGGAGGACAAACAGAUGUUAGUGCCUUUGUCGAAGUCCUGAAGAAGAGAGGAUUUGUGUUGAAGGGAGAGGGCAAGGAAGGUGACAAUGGAAGCAAGGCAGUGGAUUUGAGCAACAAAAUGUUUGUGAAGAUGUGGUUUGUCAAGGCAACGACACCGAUCAAGGGGAAGGGAGUUCCAUUGCCAAAAGGUGGCGAGAAGCAUGGACUUGGGGAGACAUGGACAAAGAAGCCAAAGGGGAAAUUUAUCGAGGAGGAGCAGCAUGUGUCCAGUGAGGCGGGAGUGCUAAAGCCUUGUAUUUACAAGCAGAGAUGAGAAGCAAUUUAUG